AUGAGAGUUAAGGAGAGAAAAGGCGGAUUCGCUGGGCCCUUUCCGGAUGGUCAUUUUACGCACAGCGGGGCAGCAUGCGGAUCAGCGCGCCGCCCUACCUUAACAGUCAUCCCUCUUCCCACCAUUCAGAUCCCGCGUCUUUUUCGAAUCUGCUGGGAAACGGUCGGUUCGGAGAUAGGGAUGUAGGAAUUGCUGGGUUCUGUGACACUCCCGGACAACCACGUGCCCGAAAAAGACCUGGUUUCGAAAAGAAACGAAUGCACCUGGCCGUUGAAGAGCGCGCUGGCCUUUUUCCAUCUUCUGGACACCGGCACCGAACGGCCUCGAGGUCUGGGAUAACGGCCACUUCCAGGCAGCGCAAUAAAGCUGGGCGAUCCUGAAGUGGCACGAUAAGGGAAAGGGACCCUGAAGGAAGGGACUCCGUUAGGGAUACGGCCAUUCGUUCUUAAUUUGCGUAAGAGAAUGGGGUCAUGUAAUAAUAGAGCGGCUGACACUUUGUCAAUUGACGAGCGCGAUCGAGGUGCCAACCUUUUUAGCCCGCAAACCCUCUGGUAAUUCCGAGAUAUUUUGAGAUGCCGAAUUGAUGGGUGUGUUAAGGGAUGGUUUAGGUCGCGGCAAGAAACAAUAGGCGUAUGAUGUACCGCGUUCUUCCGCUUAUCCGCACCCUUAUCCCUCCCCGAAUAUCUCCGCUGUCACUGAUGAGGCAUCGCCUCGCGCACUCCACUUCUUGUCGUCUUCUUCCUGUAGCCGUGGAGUCAGCAACCUCGGAACGCUGAACGACCUUCCUCUCCCUUGUUCACCCCAACAACCUCCCCGAUUAUUUUGCGGUGACGUUCCGGUUGUCAGUGAUUUGAUGUGAGGCGAAAGUGUUUGUUCUCCCUCCUUUCUGGUCGUCCCUUCUUUCUUCGCGCACCCGGCCUCUUAUCAGCCGCGCAGUCGUUUGUUGAAUGCCGUAGGGCGUGCUGAGGUCGGUCGUUUGGUUUGUUCAGUGAGAGGCCGCUUUUGUUUGGGGAGGACGGGCUUCGGCCUUAUCAGUCGCAUCAGCCCAACGGGAGUCAAGAAUUCUUUGGCCUUACGCGCUUCGGGCAAACAUGGCGGCCCGCUCCUUUGCUCGUUCUCUUGAACUGACUGCUCACUCUCCUUUCCUUAUCUCUUGGCCAAAACCGGCCGGGCCCGGUUAAGCGCGUGGCCGACCGCAAAAAGCGCAAUUGUUGGGGAGUUAAGGGGGUUAAGGCUGGUUGUGUUUGUUCAUUUUCAUUGCACUGCAUCGCAUUCGGCGCCCUUUCCCUCCAUUCAUCCUCGACUGGGCCCGGUAAGGAGAUGGCGAAAUAUAUUUUUGUGGCCAAGAACCAAGGACAACAGGAAGGGCCAAGAAGGGUGCUUGUUUCAGAAUCUCGGUCUUUAUCUCCCUCCCUUUGUUGGCCUCUUUCCUCCUCCACUCGUCUUGUCUUAUCUUGGCCAGGCCUGUGCGCGAGACCCUUAUCCUCAACCGCCCUCGCUCUCUAAUUCCUCGUUUUAUAUGAAAACGCGAAUUUCCCACUCAAUUUUUAAUCAAAAUCGCCAAUUUCAUGGAGUUCCAUUUCAGCCCCUCGUUUUAUGAAGCAAGAAUGACGAUCGUCGGUUCCAGUGCGUCAUCGCCCUGCUGUAAUGGAAACGAAGACGAGUCCCAGACCCAUGAUGCGUGCCCCUCCUGUAAGAAACUCCAUCAGGACCUCACCAUCACCGUCACUCGCAUCUCCGACAAAUUGGAGUUGUUAGUAAAGAGUGUUGAUGAGAUUUAUCAACGACUCCAGAUGUCACCCGCAGAUCAGAAACCUCCGAUGCCAGCAAAACUCGAACGGAAGAUCAGCGCCCCCGAGACCCCAUCAAAUAUAAUGGAUCUGUUUUCAUCGAUCAACGAAGCCAAGAAUCUCACCGAAAUGCUGCAAUCCAUGAGUCAGCCCACCAACUCGGAAUCUUUCAGCAAUGAUCAACGUCUCCCACCGAUUUCCACCCCUGAGAGCGUUAAAGCCGAAAGUAUUCAGUAAGUUUUCUAAAUAACUUUUUAUCGUUAAAUUUCUUACGCUACAACUUUCAAAAGUUAAAUGUUUUGUGAGGUUUGACCUCUGAUCUAUACACGUAUAAUUUACUUUAGGAGUUCGAACGGAAAUGGAAGCCGUAAACGUAAGCCCCAUCGCUCUUCAGUCCAACAUCUGCCAUCGGAAGCAGCCACCUCCGAUGAUACGAACACCCCCCACAUGGCUUUGAUGGCCGCUCUAGGCCUGGAUGUGUUCAAUUCCGCCGCCUCAUCACCAUCUGGAAAGCGGAAAGCUGCGCGCAAAUCCCCGACUGCCUCGGCUUUGGAUAUAUCAUCCGUUUUCCAAGGUAAUCAGAGUGAUGAUCAGAAGAAUCAGGACGAAGUUACGGCCAAUCUGAUGUCCCUCUUGACCAAUGGUAAUCUGAAUGGAGCUCCCAAAUCCAACGGUCAAUAUUACAAUGAGAAUAUACCCAUUAAAGAAGAGGUAAGGGUUUUAAAUAUAAUUGGAGGUUUACAACUCCUCGGUAAUAGGAAUUACUCAGUUAAUCAUGAUAUGUUCUCUGAUGACUAACUCUCUUUUAAAACAUAUUUCGCAAGAGUAUUAUAAGGGACGAGUUCAUAAUGUUUUUUGUGUUUUCAGCUGAAAUCGGAAAACAAUUCGACUACAUCGAGAUGUUCGAACUGCGAGACCACGGUGACCACUGCCUGGCGCAGAGAUGCCGAAGGCCGACUAGUUUGCAAUGCCUGCGGUCUUUACUACCGGUUACAUAAGGUAGGAAUAUUAUUUUUAUUUUUAAUAGGGAUUGGGGAUAUUACUUUAGCCAUUGAAGGGCUUCUUCUUCUAUUUAGUAUAUUUAAUAUACGAGUUAUUGUAAUUCUUCUUUUUUCAGACUAACAGACCCGUUUCCAUGCGCAAAGACGCCAUCCAACAGAGAUUCAGAAGGAAAAACAAAGACGAUUCAGCUACGAACUCGCCCAUGGAUACUAAUCAGAGCUUCAAUUUCAACGCCUCCAGUGAAUUGUAAGUAACGGAGAAGCUGAUUGGCAUAAUAAAGGGGAGAUUAGAUCGGACAUCUCUUUAAUCCGGGUAAUGGGCAGGAACAGAUUUGAUGGAUUACUACGUGACAGGUUGGAGAAAUGUUACGCAAUCACCAUGAUUUAGGUGUGGAAAUGAACUGUAAUCUCUAGAAAUUAGGAGAUGUAAAAAUAUACAUCGGGGUUGUUUACAUAAAAAAUGUAAUUAUUUUCAUAUCGUUGUUUGCAGUAUGUCGUCAUUCAACAACUCAGUGAGCUCCAUGAUGGAACACAUCCAAGACGUCGAUGAAAAACCCGAUUCCAUCGAUGAUUGGACCAAGUUCGAUCAAUCUGCCACCUCCAAUUCCUUGCCAAACUUUGUGUUAAACUUAAUGAAACAGCCUCAGGUUGACAUGGGAGUUCAGUAA